AUGUAUAGUGCAACAGCACUAGAAGAAAUCUCCAUACCUUCCAAUUAUCUUUCAGGAUCCAUCAACGAUGGCAUUGUCAACCUUACCAAGCUCUCCAACCUCGAGUUAAAUGACAAUAAAUUGGGUGGCAAGCUUCCACUGGAUUUUACAAAGCUUUCCAACUUAAAGCACCUGCACCUUCGAAAUAACUUCCUCACAGGUUCUUUGCCCCCGUCAUUGAUGAAUUGCACUAAUCUUAUCCAAUUAGAUUUACGAAAUAAUUCUUUUGAAGGAAACAUCUCCAACCUUAAUUUAUCCAGUCUUCAACAACUCACCAUACUUGACCUGGGGUUUAACAACUUCACCGGAAAUUUCCCACCGAGCCUUCUCUCAUGCAUGUCCCUAAGAGGAAUUCGAAUUUCCCAUAAUCGAUUAGAGGGAGAAAUCCCGCCUGAGGUGGCUCAAUUGAGACAUUUAUCUUUCCUCUCAGUUAGUUUCAAUAGGCUAACUAAUUUCACAAGUGCAAUCAAGAUUCUGAUGCAUUGCAAGAGGCUUGAUAUUGUUCUUAUGGCUCACAAUUUCCUACGGGAGACGAUUUCAAAUGACGACAUCAAUAUGCAGUUUGCUUCUAAUGGAUUCAAAAAUCUUCGAUUUUUGGAUCUUAGUGAGUGCCAACUGACCGGUCAGUUUCCCAUAUGGAUAUCUAAGCUUAAGAAGCUAGAAAUCCUAAAUCUAAAUACCAAUCGUAUCACAGGUCCAAUUCCUGGUUGGUUGCCAAUCCUUCCAAGACUUAUCUCUUUACAAUUGUCUGAUAACCUCAUUUCUGGUGAAUUCCCAAAGGAACUUUGUGCAUUGCCAGCACUAGUAUCAGCACAGUAUCUAGGAGAAAAUAGCUCUUUUCUUUUACAAAUUUUUAACGUAAACAUGAAUCGUUGGCUUCACGAGUACAACUCCAUCAACAACUGGAAGCCAAAUAUAGUCCUUAGAAACAAUAGUCUCAUUGGCCACAUUCCUGUAGAGAUAGCACGUUUGAAGCAACUUCGUACAUUGGACCUUAGCCAUAACAGCUUCUCAGGCAACAUUCCAAGCCAAAUGAUCUGGUCUUUUAUGGCUUGCUUCUUUGUUGUUUGUUUUCAUAUCGCCUUGAUCUGUCACUGGUAA